UUUGUGAAGGAGAGGCGGCAGCAGCAGCUCAGAGCCGUGCCGCACCCUUUCUGCUCUUCCUGGGACUCACCGCGCGGAUCACUCCGCACAGGUAACCGCUCAAACUACCGGAAGCAGAGGACAAAUCCAGGUGACGGAGACAAUUCAAAAAGUUUGUGCUGCACGAGGAGAAAACUGGAAUGGAGCCUCGAUAGAAAGACAUAAAGUAACAUCAACUUACUUUUUAUUUUUGACGCAUUAUUUUUUUUUUUUACACCUUGUGCUCGGAGGGCGUUAGAAGUGCGCAGGAGCGGCUUCAGGUACGACUGCACUCUGUUUUUCUCCUGGACGAGGACCUGGAUUUACUUGAUAAACGAGUUCAUAGACGAAAGCAAAGGAUUGCAGACCGGUGGAUCUCAGACAGCUGCACAGUGAAGGCCUCAGACUUCAACCUGCAGUCCUCACCUGUCCAGCUGAUGGCAUGCGGAUCUCCAACCCACCAAAGAGGGCGAGUCUGAAUGACGCCCUAAACCUUCCCCUCUGCUUCCUGUCUGCAACGCCGUACUCCUCUCUGUCCUCUCCAGCUCUUCUCUGAUCGCCCUUCAACUGGAUAUCUCAACAUGGAUACACAGACCGACGACACAGAAGGAUGCUACUACAACCGGAGCGUCAAAUUUUUCUACGAGCAGAGUGGCAAGAACAUCAGCGACCACUGGCGCAAACGUGACUAUGUGAUCGUCACUUUGGGCAUGACGGUCUGCUUCAUUGUCAUCUUUUCCAACCUUUUGGUCAUAGGCGCUAUUUUAAAAAACAGACGCUUUCACUUCCCCAUCUACUACCUGCUGGGUAACCUCGCUGUGGCCGACCUCUUCUCAGGUGUCUCCUACCUCCACUUGAUGUUUCAUACUGGUCCCUGGACCAUUAAGCUGUCUAAAUACCGCUGGUUUGUGCGUCAGGGGCUGAUCGACACCAGUCUGACAGCCUCAGUCCUCAACCUCCUGGCCGUGGCCGUGGAGCGUCACCAAACCAUCUUCAACAUGCAGCUGCACAGUAAGAUGAGCAUCCGGCGUGUUUUUAUCAUCAUAGUCUUCAUCUGGCUGGUGGCCAUCGUUAUGGGCCUGGUCCCUACUAUGGGCUGGCACUGCCUGUGCGACCUGGAGAACUGCUCCACCAUGGCGCCGCUGUACAGCCGCAGCUAUUUGGUGUUCUGGGCCGUCCUCAACCUGCUGACCUUCUCCAUCAUGGUGGCCGUCUACACCCGGAUCUUUAUCUACGUGAGGCACAAGAGCAAGCAGAUGUCCCAGCACACCACCCAGAUGAGACACAGAGAGACGGUGUUUAACCUGAUGAAGACCGUCUCCAUGAUCCUGGGUUGUUUCGUGAUCUGCUGGACGCCUGGCCUCGUCGUGCUGCUGCUCGAUGGUCUGGGCUGCGACAAGUGCAAGGUGCUGCGAUACGAGAAGUACUCCCUGGUGCUGGCCGAGUGCAACUCCUUCGUCAACCCCAUCAUCUACUGUUUCAGGGACAAAGACAUGAGGAGGACCUUCAAGGAUAUCCUGUGCUGCCUGUGUCGGCGGGGCGACAACCGCAAGAGUACUUCUGGAGUUCACUUUAACACCCUGGAGCACGAGAACUAUAAGUCUCGCAUCGCCGAGCCGACAGAGAAGAGCAACGGGGCGCUUCUCAUCCGGGACGACUCAGAGGACGUCCCUGCCUCUUCAGAAACCUGAAAUUUACUCAAACAGUGAUAAACUGUGAACACACUCAAGACAUGCAGACACACACUUGAUGCUGAAGUCUGCAGAUCUGUGUAUUCACACAUAAACAAGCCUCAAGACCUGUUUUUCCUCAGCCAGCAGACUGUUGAUUCGAGUAAAAAACUGCUUAUUCUGAAGACAAAAUGGAUCUAUAGCUCUGCUGCCAGCAGAGGACAGUCUGUAUCUGCAGAGCAAAGAAGAAUUGGUUAACUUCAAAUUGUCCAACAUGACGAUAGAUGGAUCUUCUAAUGUAACAGAAGCAAGUGGCUCAUUUGCGCUCCAUUGGUGACCAUUAGCAGACACAAGGAUGCAAACCCUCCACUACUGGGCCAUUUAAACAACAUGGUGGGACAUCGGAGAGCUCGUUUCCUGUUGAGACACAAAUGAGAUCUGCCAGUUUUCCCCAAACAAACGAAGAAGCAGAAGAAGAAGCAGCACUGACGGCCACUGAACAGCUGGAACGUACCGGCAGUACAUGGAAGAAAUGACUGAAGAUGUGGACAAUCGCAAAGCAAAAAUAUGUACUCUGUAGAGUGCCUUUCAUAAGACAUGGAUGCUGCCACAAAUUGUUGAAGUCAUAUCCUCCCAGUGGAUUCAAGCGCAUGUGAGAUUACGAGGUUCCCCCGAGUCAGACUAAUGCAGUUUAAAACAACAGUCGUGCAGUUAAUCCUUCAAAAGGGUUAUAAUUAUUAGUUUUGGUUAAAACUGUUUUAAAGACCUCUUUGAUUCUACUGUAUGAUCAUUUGCAGUUUGUUGAAAUGUACUGCUAUUUACAAAGAGGUGUGUGUGCUAUUUAACCUACUCUCAUUCAUGCAAAUGCGGUGGACAGAAUAAUAGAAAUGCCUGUUACUAAAAUGCAAUACAAUUCUGUAGCACCACAAACUACAUCAUGCAAAAUCAUCAUGUGGUUAAAUCAACUCCUCUCUAAAACAGUUCAAACAAAAACUAAUCAUUAUAACCUAAGAGGUAAGAUUUGUUGCAGGACUGAUUUACCUUUAGUUGGGUGUACCUAACAAACUGACAACUGAGUGAAUAUGGAAUCACUGGAAAUCUGAUAUUAUCAGGUUUCAAUUGUUCUUAAAGGGGAACUUUAUUUUUUUAGCCCUAUUUUAUAUUUUGAACAUAUUUUCCCCCUUUUUUGUUUUGUUUGUUUUUGUUUUUCUCUGAUUUUUUUUAAUGAAAAUUAUGCAAAUCAAAUGUAUUCUCGUACCUUUCGCUGUCUGUUUUGUGCCCAAGUCUCGCCAAAGGAGAAGUCUUAUUCUGAAAUCUCACCAGUGGUGACUUGUUGCAGGAGGAAAAUGAUGUAAAAGCAAGUGAGAGUCAGAAAAAGAAGUGAGAUAAUAGUCUGUUAUGUACAAAAAGUGCAUUUUACUCUAAUCUUAAAGAUUUUCAGUGUCGUGGCUGAAUAUUUAGCUGAUUUUAACAAUGUGAAAAAGAGAUUUCAGAAUGAGACUUUUCCUUUAGCUGGAUGGAAAACAGACCAAAACAAGUGAAAGGUAUGGAAAAACAUUUCAUUUCUUUGUGGGGUCUUUUCCAUUUUGGUAUAAGACACUCAUAUUUAACAAUCUGAGCCUGAAAAUGUGUGGGGCUCUCCUGUCCUGGGUGGUUACAUUGUAGCCUGUUUCACUGCUGCCAGUUGCCGCUCUCUGUCUCUCGAUCAUGGACCAAUUUUUAAAAAACUUGCUGUUCCCUGGAGUCACUUAGACAAAAAAACAAGAAGAUUCAACUGAGUCCAGGUUGACAAGAAUGAAAGGUCCUGUUUUUGACAUGAUUUUCAGUCAAAAACCACUAAAGCUAAUUAGGAAACCAUAAUGACUCUGGAUGGGUUAUACGUUUUUACUAAUGGAUUUGUUAAUGUUUAAUAUAUAUUGAUCAGCCACGGGAUGUUAUUAACAGCAACAUCUGGGUUGCCAGGUUGUGAAAAAUAGUUAACUUGCUCUGUGUUUUAACAAGCUCCUAAUUAGUGGAGGAAAACCUCUCUUGUGGACCAUUAGGUUGUUUGAUGAGCUGCAGAGCAUCCAGACCAAAAUCCAUUUAUUAAAAACUUGAUAUUUACUGCAGCUGCUCAAAGAUCCAACCACCUGUUUAAGUCCUGCUCAGGCACUGUCUUAUUCUUAACUGUUAGUAAAAGGACUGCCAUGAAUGUAGCAUUUAUUUGAUUAUUUAAUUUUAUAUUUGUGAACAACUUAUUAAACUUGAUGUAGUAUUGCAUUGAAAUAACCCUCUGUCAGGGACUUGAUAUUCAUGUGUUACCGAUGAUUUACUCUGACAUUAGAAAUUCUGGACCCUUUAUUGGCUCACUUUUUGAUUAGAUAUCAAGAUUAAUUAAAGAGUGCAACAAAAAUAAAUCUUAAAAAUGAUGCUAAAGAGGAUAAACACCAACCAAAUGGAUUUUCCCCAACUUGGCAACUCAUUAGUUAAUCUUAAUAAUGACUUAUUACUGAUCUAAAAUUAAAUAAACCUUACUUAAAAUUUCUAACCGUUUGCAAGUUUAAAAAGUGGCACCCAGUACCUUCUCUCCAUUUGUUUGAUAACAAAUCAGAAUCUUGGCGGGUGUAUGAUUAUGGAAGUUAAGAUUUGGUACGUUUAAAGUCUUAACCCAUAUUUUUACGUGUAUGACACACAUCAGAUAAUGUUUACCCUUCAUAAAUUGGAAGAGACUCAUUGCAUGUUAUUACAGUCAUUUUAUUCUUAAUUUUACCGUUUGUUUCUCAUAAAUAUCAUGAACAUACUGACUUGUAAUUUAAUGGAUAUAAUCCUGUUUGUUCUCUGAUGCCAUACCAGUUAAAACUGAUUACUUUUUUUUUUUUUUUUUUUUUUGCAGUUGUGGAUCGGCACUAUAAGCUGUUUAUUCCUCAAGGUUUUUUUUGUUUCUUUUUUUGUCUCUUUGCUGGAAUGGCACACAAUAUUUUUUUGUAAAUUGUUUGUGGUAUAAGACUUUAUUUAAGAUGAUGUUGUAGUUGUAGAUAUUAUGUACAGUAUUUAGUGAACUUAAACUUGCCAUCAGAGGCAACACUUAAAAAAUCAUAAUACCAUAAAGGGAAAUCUAGCUUUUAUUUGUUGUUGGCCUGAUCUGCAGAAAUGUUUAGUUUUUUUAAUGAACAUUUUGGUCAAAGGGAUAGUUUGGAUUUUGUGUUUUUGUUUUUUAAAGUGGGGCUGUUUGGGGGAUUUAGCCACAGUCUGUGUAGUAGAUGUCAGUCGGCAUGCUCCCAGUUUGGAGAAGCAGGCUGGAGUCCGACAUGGCAGCAAAGCAAUGUCCUGCUGUCGAUGGGGGUCAGCAACAAAACAUAUUUUAGCUGCCUAAAAACAAUCCCCCCUAAAAAAUCAAUAUCAGUUUCAGUAUUCAAGAUACUGAGAGUAAUUUCACCGCUUGACCUUUCCUACAGACAUUUGCUCCAACAGGAAAAGAUUUUUAUGUUCUCAGUCCCGCACAUACGCUCUCAUCAAAGCCACCAGACUCCACUGACAGAAACACUAAUUUGGCUCACUGAACACAGGAGCUUCUGGUCUACUGCUACUCUGAUUAGUUAGUUCGGUUGUCUUAUUGUGUGACUUUAGUGACUCCAAACUAACCCUUUUAAACACCAAAGUCACACAGUAACACACAUAACUGAUUGAGGCACAAGCCGACCAGGACUCCCAUGUUCAGAGAUAUUAAAUCACUGUUUUUCUCUACAGGAGUCUGGCUUUGAAAAGAGCGAUUUAAAAGCUUAAUUAUUCCGUUGGAAAUCACCAUCAGACAGAAAGGUAAAGCAGUUCAAAUACUCUAAAAUUGGGGGUGUGUCAACUGACUGUAAUACACUGUCUAUAGAUAAGUAUCCCAUACAUCACCACUUAAAGGUGUGAAUCCCUUUAAACACGACUGAGCAAACAAGACAAGUAUGAGUGAUGUAAAACUUUGGGGUAAGUUUAUUACAGCUGAUAGUAAAUAUCGAAAAAAAAACUGAUAGCAAGCUGUUUGUGGGUGAAAGCUUUCCUGACGAUAACGCUGUGUGUCAUUCUCAGCCAUGAUAAUCUGCCCUCGGUAACUGACAGUGACGUCAUUAAAAGCUUUGAAUACUUGUA